AUGCCGCCACCACCAGAAAUAGAUGGGUACGAGGAGAAUGCAAAUUGGUCAUCGUUUCAGAUGUUCUUUCAAGGUUGGAUACUCAGACAGCAACAUUAUCUUGAGCAGCUCCUCGCAUCAACAAACAGACCAGAACAAGAAUUGAGCUCAUUGGUUUCAGAAGUAUUAUCACAUUACCAACAAUAUUAUGAAGCUAAAUCCAUGGUGAUUCGUCAAGAUGUUUACAUUGUGUUUACGCCACCUUGGUUUAGCCCAUUCGAGAGAACUUUCUUGUGGAUUGCUGGUUUUAAACCUGGUUUAGCUUUCAAAAUACUUAACAACUCGGUCCGGGAUAGCCUAAGUGAAGAUCAGAUGGGAAGAGUCAGGGAACUGAUGGCUGAAACUAGAGUAGCUGAGAAAGAACUCAGUGAUGAGUUUGCUAGAGUUCAAGAAAGUAUUGUUGCACCACCUAUUGUUGAUAUGGCAAGGUUAAUGCAUCAUAACAACAAUAUGCGAAGUGAUCGAGAUCAUCGCAACGAAAUUGACGCGGGGCUUCGGAGUUUGAGAGAAACAAUGGAAGCUUUAGUCGACAGUGCUGAUUUCUUAAGGAUGACAACAGCAAGGAAAGUAGUGGAGAUUUUGAGCCCUGGUCAAGCUGUUACGUUCUUAGCUGCUGCAACUCAACUUCAACUUAGGGUUAGAGAAACGGGUUAUCAGAGAGAUGCUGAGCUUAGGAGAAGAGCUAGGAGCAGCAGAGCCACUCGGAGAACAUAG